UUAUCUAUUGUCCUCAUUCAAUUAUUUAAGUCAGCCAUCAUUAUAAUUUGUCUUCUUAACUGCGCGUCGUCAGAACAAAGUUAAGAGACGAUAAUAUUGCAUAGUUAAGAAAUAAUAAUAAUGGCGGAACCAGUAAAUUUAGAACACAUCAAAGUACUCCUUCAAGACACCACAUUUCUCAACGAAUGGAAGCAAGUGAGCGACGCCUUAGGAAUCCCAGCUCGGGAUUUGUUCUCCAUGAACAGCAAGCUCAACAGCGGCAAUGCGACAAUGUACGAUGUUAUCCAAUGGAUGCUUGAAACGUGGCGGGGUCGAAAUGGGAACGACGUGGCAACGGUCGCAAAGCUUAUUUCUGUUUUAGAGAGCGAAGAUUUACGAAAUGCUGCUGACCUUUUGAAGGACUUUUCGAAACGAAGUGCUGCAUCCACCCCGCAAACCAGGCCUAUUCCAAUAGAAAUGUCCACCCAAGAUAAUGCUGCAUCUGAGGGGAUGCAACAGCGAAAUCUUGUCGUACUUGAACGCCUGGAUCAAGGGACCUUGAGCGAGGUCUUCAAAGUGCGCAGCAUUUUUGAUAACAAGGAAUACGCAAUCAAACGGAUUUCGGUGGGUCAAUUUCUCUUACUCACGAAAACUUCUGGAGCGGCCGAUGCUUUCGAAUUUUUUUCAAAAUUUAUGCGAGAAGUAUUGGUCAUGGCGAAAUUGCCAGAACAUCCAAACAUUGUUGCCUAUCGAGAAGCCUGGUUUGAAGGCACGUUACAACAAACAUUAACUGAAUGGCUACGACGACCUGAAUCCAUGCCACCACCAACUCCUGUUCUAAAAGAUGCCCCUAAACGUCAAAUCGUUGUCACUGAAGCGGAGAAGAAUACCUUCAUGUGCAUAAAAAUGGAACUAAUGGACACCAAUCUUAGCCAGUGGUAA